CUCUGAGGGUUCGGCUCUUGAUCUGCAAUGCUCGUUUUCUUUUUUCGCUUUUCGUCUUCUGUGAUCAACCAUCUACCAGUAAAUCCAGCCGAAGAAAAGGAAAGAAAAGAAAGAAAAAUCUGUUCUUUUUUUGUUUGGAGGUUAUGAGAGUUCCAUGCACUUCGCAUGGAAUUUCGAGUAAGUUUAUUUGAAAUUCUAUUUCCAUUUCACUGGUUAUGGUUGAAUUUCGCUUUGGAUGAUCCUCUGGUUUCAUGUAUCUCUCUCGUUGUUUAGGAGUUGUUAUUUAUUUACUUUUCCUCGAAUGUGUUUGAGAGGAAUCCAGGAUAGGUUAAUGCAUGCAAGCUACUCGUCAGUUGAAACCGGAAUGGUGUAUAAUGGUUUUUAUUUUUUUGGUGUUCUGGGAAAUUUAGUUCUUUUGGGGGAUAUUGAAGGUUCAUGCACUUAAGUAAUGGCUUCAGAUUGGAGGGUGCCAUAUGCGAAGUUAGUUGGUUGUUCUUUUGGAAUCAAUGAGAUGACGGAUUCGAGGGAAGAAGAGGGGAGAAAGUUGAAGUUUAUCUGUUGUCCCUUGAGUGGUUCUAAAGUCCGAGUGGAAGAUACAAAGAAGGGGAAUUUGCAUGGUUCUUCCUCGGACAACAAUGUAGGAACAUAUUCUACUGGAUGUGGAAGUGGCCUCGGGUUCUCCCGCUUCUCCACCCUGCAUGGACGGUCUUGUGGGUUUUCAGAAGGUGUUAAUUUGAAUAAGAAGGAAGGGAGGCUUGGUAUGAAUGGAAAGAGAGAACAUGGCACCUCACAGAAAAACCAGAAGAGAGCUGCAUUGGAAGAGGAUCCUGAUUGGUUGCCCGAACAAGGGAGCUUCAUUCAAUCUCCAGACGCAAAUAACAGAGGUGAUUUGGUUGGCAAAAGAUCAAAGAUGAAUUGUAACCGAAAUGGAAAGAAUCCAUCUGGGAAACAUGAUGGAGUAGAUGUUUCUAAACCUGGGCAAUCUACACCUGCACCUAAUAACCUCAAGCAUCUUUUGUUGUCGGCUGGAUGGACAUUCGUUUCUCAACAAGGUCUCAGUGAUCUCCUAUAUGUUUCUCCAUCAGGUUCUGUUUAUGGAUCUCUCCCCAAAGCUUUGGAGGCCUUUUCUCUUGAUGCUUCUGAGUUCAGAAAGAAGGAACAGGGUUCAUACCAAUCAGUGCACAGUGGUGGCAUUUGCAGCUACUCAGAUCUUCAUGGACAUUCUUUAGGCAGUAAACAUGUUGUAAAAAAUAUACCUAAGGUAAAGGAAACAGUUUAUCGAAUGGACCAAAUAGGUGCACCUGCCAAACCUGUCAGUUUAGAAGAUAUUCUGUUGUGGGACAGGAAGGAGAUUAAGGAAUCUUCAACAAACCCCGUAGAAAUGGUGUCCAGUGGACUGCACAAUAUGGUGGCCUGCUGCAAGGUAAUUGAGAAAGCACAGUCUCGCAUAAACAAUGGAAGCUUUAGUAGUGAAACAAAGAAAUUGAAUUAUAGCACUGUGGUGAUGUCAAACGCUAAUCAUCAAAAUGAUGUUGAGAUACAGCAAUGUGACAGUUCUAUUGGAGUUUUGCGGUCUGUGCUUAUUAAUGGGAAAAUUGUUCCUGUAGGUAACAAAACUGAGAUGGAAAUAAGGGAAGAUGAAGAUUUCUUAAAAUCAUCAGAAUGUGAAAAGUUUAUGACAGGGAAUUUGCUUCUACAGAAACCACAAAAUCACAAAGAAACACUGGAGGCUUUGCCAGUGCCCGAUGAAACAGGAUGUAAGCAAGUAUAUGAUGUGGUGGCAGUGGAUGAGAAGGUGAACCAAGAAAAGAGAAACCCCGAUGGGUGCAGAGGAGCACUGAUCAAGGAUAAACAAAGCAAUGUUAAUAUAAUUGAGGAUAGCGAGUUGCAUGGAGUUAGGAGGUCUAAACGUAUCAAUGGGAGACAUGUCCCUGUACAUACCGAAUUGAAUUUAGAAUUUUGGGAUGAUGAUCAAUAUCUAGAUUCAUGUGAUUCUGUGAACAUGUUUACUAAAGAUGUGCGUCUGGGAACACAAGAGCCUGAUAACAAAAUUGACAAGGAAGCUUCUCCUAUGCCAACAAAAAUUAGAUAUAAAGAGGUGAAUGAGGUAUUCUCUAGCAUCACAGAUGUGAAGACACUGCUCGAGAAGCAGAAGCCUGAUGAAGAGAUUGAUAUGAGUGGGAGAUCUACAGAAUUAAACAAGGGGUUGGUGUUUCAGCUGGAAGAUGAAAGCACCUUCAUGGAUUUUUCAAGUCAGGAUAUGCUACCACUGGAUCCAGAGACUGAUACUGAAAGUGACAGUGAAGCGUUGACAGAAAGGAGGUACAGAGAAGUACAUGAUAUUUUGGCAUCCAGUAUGGUAGAUGGGAAAGCAACAUACCGUACUGAGUCUACUGACUGCUCAAGUGACAGAGCCCAAAAGUUGGAUUCCACCGGGGCCCUGGUAGUAAAUAAUGGUAAAGACAGAAAUGGUAAUAUGCAUCAGCACAGUGAGGUGAUUGAAAUAAGGAGGUCUACACGUAUUAAUGGAAAACAUGUUCCAGUAGAUACUGAAUUAGAUGUUGGUUUGUUGGAAUUUGAUGAUUUUAUAGGUUUAUCAAGUUUUGUAGAUGACACAGUUGAAAAGAAGGAUAAGGAAAAGUCAGCAAACUCAAAUUCUAAAAUGGUAGACAUUGUGUUUUGUUUGCCUGCAAGUGGUUUUGUAGACGACAGAUUUGGAAAGAAGGUUAGGGAAAGGUCAUCAUACUCAAUUUCUGAAAUGAAAAACAUUGUGAUGGCUUUGCCUGCUCCUGGUUUUCUGAAGCAGGCUGCUACAACGAACUCUGAUUGCCAAACACCUAGAAAUCAGGGUCUGGUGGAGCAAACUGCCACAACAAAAUCUGGUAACCAUAAAGCUAGAAAUCAGGAGCUGUUGGAUAGUAAUGACACUCUGUGCAUGCAUGGGAAGGUGUCAAAGAAAUAUGAUAGAGAAGAGACUCCAGUUGCUGAGCAAGGGUCUUCUUUGUUAAUGAAUAAUGGGACUAAAGCUUUGAAGCAAACUGCCACAAGGAAAUCUGAUAACCAGAAACCUAGAAAUCAGGAGCAGUUGGAGCAAACUGCCGCAGGGAAAUCUGAUAACCAAAAACCUAGAAAUCAGGAGCAGUUGGAUAGUAAUAGCCUUCCAUGCAUGCAUGGGAAGAAGAAAUGUGCUGGAGUAAUGACUUUGGUUGCUGAGAAAGAGGCUCCUUCAUUAUUGCGUAAUGGGACAAAAGUUAUGCUAACUGAGAAGCAGUCACCACUUUCCCUGAGCAAAAGGAAACGAGACAGUGGUGGAUAUUCAAAUGGCAAAAAAAAGAAAAAGAGGAGUGGUGGGUGUGGUCUUGUGGUGAGGAGAACUGGUAAGGGUGGUUGUAGAAAACACAGGUCUGAAACGAAGUAUAGCAUGUUAUCUUGGUUAAUCGAUAAUAAUAUAUUGGCUGAAAAUGAAAAAGUUGUUUAUAAAAUAAAGAAUGAUAAAGGCAAUAUAAUGAAAGGCUGCAUUACUAGAGGUGGGAUCCGAUGUAACUGCUGCAGAAAAGUUUGGUCCUUGUUAGAGUUUGAAGCUCAUGCUGGUAAUAAUAUUCGUCAACCAUGGAUGAACACUUGUCUCAUCUCUGGGAAGUCACUGAUGCAGUGCCAGAGUGAAGCAUGGGAGAGAGAAAAGAAAGAAAGAAAGGUUGGUUUCCAUAUUGUCGGAGCUGGUGAUGCAGAUCCUAGUGAUGAUACUUGUGGAAUUUGUGCUGACGGAGGGCACUUAAUAUGUUGUGAUGGUUGCCUGUCAACCUUUCACCAAGAAUGCGUGAUGCUGAAGUCGCUUCCUGAAGGCAGUUGGUACUGCCCAUUUUGUAGAUGUGCAUUCUGCAUGCUGGCUGAUCGUGGACAAGAUAAACCUGAUUGCAAGUUUAGCAUGUUCAGCUGUAAUCAGUGUGGAUGCAAAUAUCAUAGAGAUUGUGUUUUGGAAAAAGAUAAGGAUGAAAUUUUAUCUUUCUGUGGAGAAAAUUGCCAGAAGGUAGCUUUGGCGCUAUCAAAUAUACUUGGUGUUUCAAACCCUUUGGAUGGAGGUUUUUCCUGGACUCUUUUAAAGCGUCUGGAUGAAGAUGAUGGUACCAGCUCAGAUCAAAGUCUGUCUUUUAUCAUGGAAUGCAACGUAAAACUUGCCUUGGCUCUUUCUGUACUUGAUGAGUGUUUUGUUCCUUUAGUGGAUCCAAGAACCGGUCUAGAUAUGAUUGUGCAAGCAGUUUAUAAUUGUGGAUCAAAUUACAACCGUCUUAACUGUGAAAGAUUCUACACCAUGGUUUUGGAGAAGGACGAUGAGAUAAUUUCAGUAGCAACAUUAAGGCUCCAUGGGACACGUUUAGCAGAAAUGCCAUUCAUCGGAACACGGCCUAUAUACAGGCGGAAAGGCAUGUGCCGUCGUCUCUUCAAUGCCAUUGAAAAGAUGUUGUCCUCAUUACAUGUGGAGAAGCUUAUUAUCCCAGCAAUUCCUGAUUUGCUGGGGACCUGGAUGACAUCAUUUUUCUUCAAACCUUUGGAGUCAUCCCACAGAGAGGAGAUUAGGAAUUUGAAUAUGAUGAUUUUUGCAGACACGACAUUACUGCAGAAGUCCUCGUGCAACAUGGAGACAAAUGAAGCUAGUGAUAAAAAGCAGGUUGGCAUUAUUAGCAAUAUCGAUAAAGUGACUGAACAGAACUCAUUAUCUACACCAUGUUGUUGGCAGCCAGAGUGCAAUAGUUUUGUACGGUCAUAUACCUGACUAUUCAAGAAAUGAGCUAAAUGCUAUUGCUAGACGAUCAAAUGGUCGGUUUUCUAGUGUGCAUUCAGGAGCUUCUAAUGGAUCAAUUUCUGAAGUUAUGUUUUGCCAGAAGCACAUCCUUUGAAAUGCGAGGAUGGUGCCACAAAAUAUUGUAACUGGAGACAAUCAAAUAACAUUAGUUCAUAAUCUUCCAGCUGAGACUACUUUUGAUUCUAACACCACUUACAGUAUCAAAUGGACAUUUCUCGAGAUGGUUACCAAGUGCUAAUGAAUUUUGAAGGAUAGCUGUGCUGAUUCUACUGUGUACCCUCUGUUGAUAGCCUUCUUAACAUCACAAGAAGCUGAAAAGCCUGGUACCAGUUUUGUCUUUCUGAUUUCCAGUAUCCUUUUUUUUUCCCACCCUUAUGUAUAUUGAGAAAUUUCCUCAUUAAAAUGCUCUUUUGCUUUAAUCU